AUGAGGGUGAUGGAAAAGCUCUGGUGUAAGAUUAACCCGCCCGUGCUACCGGACAAGAUGUUACUGAGGCAAAAUUUUGACAACUUGCGAGGCGCAUCGAAAGCACCUUUCGGUCAGCAAUUUCGCUUCUACGCCCUAGAACUGUUUCUGACGCUGCAAUUCUUUCCCGUCGCUUACGAUUUGACGACGGUGCUCGAUGACAUCGCGUUUAUCGGGGACGAUCUGUGCGUCCUGACCGGGAUACUGAUGGUUCUGAUGAAGCGCUGGCACUGCAGAAGUAUCGUCGACCAGUUGGACGAGUGCGUGCAGAAGUUCGACGAGUACUACGUACAUUACCGGAGUCGGGGCACCGAGUUUUCCGAGGCAAUACGUCGAGAAACGCUGCCCGAUCGGAUUUUCAGCAUCGCGUCGACUAUAUUGGGUGGAAUGAUGUGUGGUUUCUUCAUCAUGCGAGAGCUGCUCUCCGACGGAGAAUCGCACAUUCUGAGGGCAAAGUUUCCGUUCAACACGGACACGCCCGUUGGCCACUGGUUCGUGUUUGCGAGUCAAGCGAUCCUGCUCUGCCACUCGGUAGUGUCCACGGUUGUGCUCGAAAAUUUUAGUACAGAAAUGUUAAGCCAACUGUCGGUGCUAUUUGUGCUGUUGCGCAUGGAGUUCGAACAGGUCGCCAAAGGACAUCCACUGCCACGUAGUCAGCUCCUGUACUACGACGAGGCUAUCGCUGUCCGCAUAAAACAGCUCAUCGUGCAACAUCAGCAGUUAUUAAGCUUCGCCGAUCGCGUUAAGGAGCUGUACGAAACGAACAUUAUGGGACAGUUUGUAGCUAGCUCGAUCAUCAUCUGCAUGACCGCGUUCGAAGUGAUGUUUGCCAAGGGCCAAAUGAUUCCUAUUUGCCGCUUCGGAGCGUACAUGGCGAUCUGUUUUCACCAAAUCUUCGUCUGGUGCUUCGUUGGCGAUCGUAUGACGCACACGAGCACCAGUAUUCACGAAGCCAUUUUUGCCUGCAACUGGAUCGUGCUGGACAACGGGCUGAAGAAGGACCUCGGUUUUGCGAUGAUGCGCGCCCAGCAGCCGUAUGUCAUAAACGUUUACGGAAUGUUUCCGUUAACGUUCGCCAUGUUCAUUGCGAUUUCGUCGCGGGCCUACUCCGUGAUGACGCUUAUGCAAUCAAUGAUUGAAUGA